CUCUCCCUUGCCAAAUUACGGUGAUACGGGAGUGCUGAAACAGAGGCCCGCGGUCUUGCAAAAGCUUGUCUAUUCGACUGUUCGACUGUCUUGAGUGGACUUUAUUUCUUCCGUGUCGAGAUAUGAUGCCUGACAAGAGAUAGUGACUUGGACCAGAUAGAAAGCUCUUCAACCGAGUCCUCGACAGUAGACAGCAGCGCCGUCGGACAUAUCGACACCGACACUCAAGGCGGCCGAUCACUCUUGUUGGAGAAUGGCCUCUUAUUUUGGUCGAACCAACUCGCCCAAGCCAUCCAACCAACGCGCCCACUCAUAUUCGCACAAUUACUCCCCGUCGUCCCCUGUAUCGCAACUGGCGCCGGUCCUGCCACCUAUACCGAGCAUCGCUGAUGUCGCCGACGACGCUCCUGCAACAGGCUUGGGCCUCGAUGGUGCCUUCAGCUUCGACUCGAGUCCACAACGCUCUACGCCCUCCUCAACCUCGGACCUCUCGUCAUCCUCGCCGCUCCGCGAUGCUGCCCCCGCUGCCGUCCCCGCCGCGCGCCCACGAAGCCUGCAGAAGGGGAGAUCUGUAACGAGUCCCGUGGGGGCUCUGCCCAACUUGCAGCAAGCAAACAUGUCACCAUCCUCUCCCCUGGCCGCCCUUUCGAUACCUUAUUCUUCCACCACCGCCCAGGCCAGACCUCGUGCCGGAAACCGACCCUUGCCCGCAGAGUCGACCAUCAAUGGGGUGCCCCAGCAUGCAAAGACGUCCAAGCAGAGACCUGAACUACGCUCCAACAAGUCGUCCAAGGGCAAGUUCAAUCUGCUCAAUCCGGUCAAUCUGCUCAUGCGGAGACGUUCUGCGCAAGCUGUCGAGACGCUGGAAAAGACGGCUACCAAGAACUUGGCCGUCCCACCUAUGGAUCUUCCUGACGGUUAUGAUCCGCGCAUCAGAGGCAAGCUCGUACAUGAUUUCAGUGCCCCAAGAACUCGACGCACUCCAUCAUAUGAUCCUAGCCUAGCCGAAGCCUCGUCCAAGCCGUCGACUGCAAAUGACUCCAUCAAGUCGCUGCAGGAUUCAGUCGAGCGUGAUCCCAAGAGGCAGUCAGUCCAGCACACGCCUGUCUUCGUUGAGCAUAUUGACAGCGAGCCUGAUGAGAAUCGUGUCCAUGCCGAGACGUUGGCAAACAAUGAUUUUAUCGCCCGCAACUCGUGGCAUCACAGUGCUGAUUCCCUCAACAUGCCCCCAUUCGGUCGACGCAGUCAACUCUUUGAUGACCAAUCACAUUCAGAUCCAGCCUCUGAUUCUCCUCACUCUGCCAUGAGCGCUACGAGUGGACCUGGGUGGCAGUAUCAUGAACCCGAGCGCGUCUACUCUCCUGUGUCACCUGAACCUGCUUCGGAACCGAAAUACGAGCAUAACGAAUUCGAGACGGAGAGGAACAAACCGCCGUCACCAUCAAUUCAGCAGGAACCUCAACCUUCGCCUAAUCUCAUGCCAGAGCCUACCUCUACCCUACCCCGGCAUAUGGCCAGUACGACUUCCCGAUUCAGCUUCCAGAUUGCAAAUGAUUCGAUAGCUGAAGAAAAAUUGCUGGAGGAAAGGCACAAACUCCGCCACUCGAUUGUGACCCAGAACCCGCCAACGUUUGAGCCUGACGAGUACGAAGAGGAAGAGGAUAUGUUUGAUGAGAAUGCCAUGUAUGAUCAUGAUGAGAUGGAGGAUGCUUCAGCGAGCGGUCUAUACGAGCACUCUAACCUUGGCCUACCUGAUCGAUUCUCUACCAUGACUUUGGACUCGGAUCAACGUCACUUAUCAAUGGCGACUUCGAACACGCUCGAAUCCAUUACGCCCGCUCAACAAGCGCAGCCCGUCUUUCAGAAUCCACUUCGCUCAAAUCCGCCCCCAAGCUCGAUCAAUCAGCCUGUUUCUGACCCUCGUCCUGAUGCUACAGGGGCUGGAUCUCAGCAAUCGCGUGCCAGACCUGAUUCGGCAAACAGCUUCUACUUCGAUGAUGGCAUACUUGACCAACUCGAAGAUGUUUGUGAAGAGGAGGAAGAAGCCGAAACUUUCGAUGAAGACAAAUUCGACGAUCCAUCGUAUCUCAAAAGGCCUAAUCAACCGCAACACCUUCAAGAAAUAUCAACCGGCACCACGAACUACCUGUCCCUAGACGCACCGAUUCACAAUGUCAAUGGCUACCCAUUCCUCAUACACAAUCCUGGAACUGGUCCGUUUUCUGCUGAUUCGCCUUUCUCGGAGGACUCCUCCCAGCCGAGUGAACAACCGCAAGAUUCCCAAGAAGAAGCAGCGCGACACGAUUCCCAACAAGGUCCGCUUGACUGUCACAACCUUGCUGCAUAUCACAGUGCUUUGGCAGAAGCUGCACAUAGGGCUGCUGCUAGCGGUAAAUUCACCAGACAGAACAGUAUAGCCGCUUCCGACUCUGUCUAUUCUGAAGACCAUGAGCAAAGCGAGGAAGAAUACCCUCAGCAACCACAAUAUCCCCAGGCCUAUGUGCCUAUGCAGAUGCAGAUGCAAUUGCCCAUACAAACGCCCAUGCAAAUGCACCUACCGCCGCAAAUGCAGAUGCCCUCACAGCUGCAAACGCAAAUCCAUCCCCAUAUGCAGAUGCAGAUGCAGCCUCAAAUGUCUCACAGCUACAUGUCCGAUCCAACCCAGGUCUCUCGUAACUCGUACUCGGCAACUGACUACGGUAAUCGCGUAACCUUUGAAGACAAUUUCUCUUCAGAGUUUCCCAAUGAUGAGUAUGACUUUGACGACCUGGACUUGAUCUCUGCUGCAAACUCCGAAGCACUUGCAAACGAUGAUGAAGGAUUUUACAGCCAGGAGUUCGGUUUCUAUGCUAGAGCACGACCAGGUGAUGAUUCUGGUACAAUCGAGGCAACCAACGGUGGCUUCUUUGGCGCACCUGGAAUCGAGAUUGUGCGGCAGAAAAGCGUCAAGGAGCCAAACUUGACUCCCAUCACCGAACGCAGCGAAUUCAGUACUCGAAACUCUUAUAUCGGACCUUUCAGUCCUCUGGCCGCUGCCCUGCCAUCGCCUGGCUUCCCGCCGUCCCACAUGGCAGCAGCGCGCAUGAGUCCUCUUGCAUGGCAGCAUCUGCAAGAAGAUGAGAUGACGCUUGCGGAUCUUCGAAGGCUCAAGCAAGGCGCUUUUGGAAGCAGCAGCAAUAGUGUCAAUUCACUCUCUUCAUCUUUUGGCAUACCAGCUCCCUACAGUCCCACAAUGGCUGCACCCAAUAUGCCUGGUGGCUAUUUCAUGCCACGUGCCGGUGGUGGCGUACCAAUGGCCUGGAGCAAUAGCAGCAACUCUAACUACAAUCCUUCUAACCAUUCCUCCAGCCCUGUUCCCACGUCUCCUGUUCACGCAACCAUGGCCAAUAGCAUGGCCAAUAGUCUCACAUUGCAUUCACCUCUGCAGCCUCCACAUGCCUUCUUUGUCCCAGACAAUGUCUCGACUCCAAAGAAGAGUUCGAACGGAGUACACGAGUUACCAGGCACACCGGUCACGGCGAAGAAGGCCGCUGCAAAUGAUACGGCUGCAGCACCAGAACGACAGCGACACCAGUCGCAUUCGCGAUCUGGUAGUGGCGCGGACAACAUCACGUACGUCCGCGAAGAAGACUCUACAGGCGGCAAACGUUGGAUCCUAGAAAGGCGACGCACGAGCGAGGCUGGCCUCCUUGAGUUGAUCGGCAGAGAAGUCGUUGAGGGCGGCCGCAUUUGAUAUCCACGACCUCCCACUCUCUUUCUUUCUCUACCACGUCCAUCAGGUAACGUGGCUGAUCUUCUUUUGGAUGUUUAUACCUUUCACGUUCUGUUCUAGCGAUAACUUAUAAUAUCUUGCAUUCCAUAACCAGAUACCCGUGGUCGACGUACCAAUCAGACAAUUUAUAUAGAAACUUCUCAAUCUUGCCAAAAGACGCUCUAAACUCAACCUCUCUCUUCCAGUUCGUCGAGAAACAUUCUGCAGUGCCUAGCCAUCAGUCGUACCUCUGUUUCA